ACGGGCUGCUCGCGGAUAUCAGGGCCCGUGAGCGCAGAGAAGGUUCGGUCCGUCGCGAAUCUUCGCAAAUAAAAUCGAGAUCGAUAUAAAAGCAGUAAUGAUCGCGCAGCAGCGUGUUAGUGCACUUUAAACACAUCUGCAGAGCGUCACAGUGAGUCGGGUCGGGUCAUGGCGUCGGGUCCAGAGGCCGUCCACUACAUCCACCUCCACAACUCCAGCCAGUCGGUUCUGGAAGCCCUGAGAUCCCAGCGGCGCAAAGGCCUGUUCUGCGACGUCACGGUGCGCAUCCACGACGCCUCGCUGCGGGCCCACGCCUGCGUGCUAGCGGCCGGGAGCCCCUUCUUCCAGGACAAGCUCCUGCUGGGCCACUCGGAGAUCUCGGUGCCGCCGCUGGUGCCGGCGGAUACGGUGCGGCAGCUUGUGGACUUCAUGUACAGCGGCUCGCUAGUCGUGCUACACUCGCAGGCUCUCUGCAUCCUCACCGCCGCUUCCAUCCUGCAGAUCAAGACCGUCAUCGACGAGUGCACGCAGAUCAUCUCGCAGCGCCGUGGAGGCGGAGCCCCUGGUGGAGGGGUGGGGCCUAAGCAGGAGGAGGGUGGGGCCGUCGGGAAGGGGCGAGAGAGCGCGGCGCUGACGGGCUAUAGCUACGACUGCGCCUCGGACAUGGCGGCCGCUCUGGGAGGCGGAGCUCAAGCGGAGAGUGGCGGGCUUGAAGGGGGCGGAGUCGGCGCUCUAAUGCCCCUCAGCGAGUUAGGAGGUGGGGCUAUGUGUCGAGGGGAGGGGCUCGGUGUUGAAGGGGGUGGGGCCAUGCUGAAGCCCUCGAGCUGCUCGCAGGAGAUCAGCUACAUGUUGGGCGCGGAGCGCGGCGCGGCGAACGAGCGCGUGCCGAUGGCGGAGGAGUACGGCGGUGUGGCAGAGGAGCUGGUGAGCGGGGUGGAGCGAUUCAGCGAAGACGACGAGAGAGACACGCACGACGCAGACAGAGACGCCGACAGAGACAGACAGACUGCGCACACGCGCAAACAGAGGCAGCCGCUGAGACUGCAGGUGCUGGGUGGCGAACAGGUGGUGGUGAAGAACGAGGGCGUGCAGGAAGGGGAGGGGCUGUUUGAGAUGGACGAGAGAGGAAACGCAUCACAUGGCUCACACCAGCCCAGCUACGCACAGGGCGGGUUCUACGAGGACUCCGGAGUGUUCCCGGGCGGCUUCUGGUCUCAGGCGGAUCAGCAGGCGUCUCUGGGCUCGAACCCGCGCAGCCGUGUCAACAAACCACUCUCGCCGCCGCAACCAGCCUCGCAGAACCUCGGCAGCCAGAUGCUGUUCCAGUUUCCUGCCAGUGAAUCACAGAGCCAGUCCUUUUUCGUGGGCGGACCCAUGGUGAUCGACGGCUUGGCUGAUUCGUGCCAGCAGGCCCCGCCCCCUGCUCCUCUGACCCCGGCUCCGCCCCCCUCCACCCCAGCGUGCAUUGCAGGUCCGAGCUUUGCACCACAGGGCUCCGAGACGUCCUUUGACUGCAGCCACUGCGGGAAGUCUCUGCGCUCCCGCAAGAACUACAGCAAACACAUGUUCAUACACUCCGGCCAGAAGCCACACCAGUGCAGCAUCUGCUGGCGCUCCUUCUCUCUGCGGGAUUACCUGCUGAAGCACAUGGUGGUGCACACGGGUGUGCGGGCCUUCCAGUGCUCCGUCUGCAGCAAACGCUUCACGCAGAAGAGCUCGCUGAACGUGCACAUGCGCACACACCGCGUGGAGCGCACCUUCACCUGCGCCGUGUGCCAGCGCGCCUUCACCCACCGCACGCUGCUGGAGAGACACGCCCUGCAGCACCAGCACACCCCCAGCAAACCCAGCAAUCACAGCAGCCACCUGGAGCAGGGCGGGGCCAGUGGGCCGGGCGGAGCCUCCUAGACCGCUUUAGCGGGAUCUUCACACAAACAUGAAGAUCAGCCAAGAUUUACUCUCCCUCAAUCCAUCCGAGGUGUGUAUGCCACUCUUCUCUCAGACAAAUACAGUCAGAGUUAUGUCCUGGAUCUUCCAAGCUUUAUAAUGGCAAUGAAUGGCUGUAGUGCAUCUGUCCAUCAUAAAAGUGCAUCUGUCCAUCAUAAAAGU